UGAAGAAAUAUAACAACGAUGAAGACUUUACUGCCAUCGCUGUUCCUUUUCGGCAUAUUUCAAGUUUCAAAUGGAAAUGUCAUGGAGACAAGGCUUGAACUACUGGAGAAACAGAUGAAGGAAGUAUUAGAGAGAGAGGCUCAUACCAAGAGGGAAAAUGAGGAGCUCCAAGCUACCGUCGCAAGUCAACAGAGCAUCAUUGUCGAGCUGCAAGCUACGGUUAACGAGCAGUCGGACAGGAUAGAAGCAUUAGAAUCUGAGAGGGUUGAUUCAGAACAGGGUGGGGCAUUCCAAGAUUCCACGCAAAUGCAUGACACGCCCAAAUCUGAUGUUAUAAAUGGUGGGAAAUACGCCAGGUCGGGUAUAAUAAGUCGACGACAACCUCCAGAGAUGAUGGUCGCGUUCUCUGCAGUCAAAGUUGCUAUACAGUCAAGCAUUGGCUUAAAUCAAAACAUUAUUUUUGAGAACGUUAUUCUUAACCAAGGUAACGGCUUCCAUUCACAACAUGGCGUGUUUAUUGCCCCUCAAACCGGUAUCUACAUGAUCGUGGCCAGCUUGCUACACGACGGCCACACUCCUGUCACAUAACGCUGCAAUCAUUCAUGAUGGCAAUAUAGUGGCGAAGAUGCAUGGGUACCAGUGGGAGCAAUUCAGUCAAACCGUCAUCAUUGCGGUGAACGCCGGGGAUGAGAUCUAUAUAAGGAAUAUUGCUCAUGACCACGAAACUAUCUCUGGCGAUAGUUUUUCAACGUUUUCUGGGUUUCUUCUUUGGCAGCUGUAAUGAAUGUCCUCAUCGAACAGUCAUAAUUGGUACUUCAGACGAUUGAAAAUAACUUAAAUAAGUGCAAGUUCAAAUGUCACGAAUGUGAAAAUAAUAAAACAUAAAACUUCCCAGUAGUGAUAAAUCUGAUAAACGCGCAUUCAUUAAACUUAAUUCAUAAUCUGAUGGACGCAACGUUCGCGUAACAUCGUGCCAACAAGAAUGAUUAAUAUUAUGUUGUUAUACCUUGCUUUACAAUCGUUGUAAAAUAAAUAUAUAGUUUA